UGUUUAAUGUUUUUAAUUAUUUAUGUUGCAUUGUGAGAUAAAUAAAAAUUAUUAAAUGUAUGAGACCAAGAAAGUACUCCAACUAUAUAAUAUUAAUAAGUUAUCAAUAUUAAAUUUAUCAUGUCUCAACAGUUACUAAAUGAGAACAGCAAAUAUAUAUUAGACUUAUUUUCUGAACAAACUGUUGAUACUCAGAGUUUAGAAUCAAUAUGUGCACAAGUGCAGAAGAGAUUUCCUAAAUCGGAGCAUUUUAAUUUGUGUCUUCUUCUCUCGUCAUUGAUUACUGGAGGAGAUGUUUCUCUGCCAGGACAGAGGGUGGUUGCAUUAGCACUCAUUUAUGAUAUGUUUAAAACUGACAAUCCGUUUAUAUCUUUGUUCUUGAACUUAUUGGAAGGCAAAAAAGGCCUGCUACCUUUGACUCCCCAAGAGAGACAAUUUAUUGGACAAACAUUCGGGUUUAUACAAGCAAACAUCAAAGAUAUAAUGAAGAAAUCGGCAAAACAGGUGAUGCUCACAGAGGUGCCUAGCAAGGAGUUAGAAUUUGACUACAGUUCACUGCAGUCAUUAGUAUCUGAGCAGACCUCAGAGAUGAGUGCCAUAGCAAAGGUGACAGUGUCAGCUCUGGUGCCUAUCGGUGAUGGAAGUCCACCAAACCGGUUAGCUAUGAAGGAGCUCCUAGAGGCCCUCAUGUCGAACGAUUACCAACCAUUGCACAAGACGAUUCGGCCAACGGGACCCAUAACGCCUCCACCUUUCAUGCUCGACCCCUAUGAUGUCGCCUUUGCUAACGACGGUGUAUGGAGAAAUCUACCAAAUCGAGGUAAAUACUUGCCAAUGUAUGAUAGUGACUUUGAAGGCUUGAUCGGCUUAAGACCUGUUGAAAAGCUGGAGAAGAAGUUGACCCAAUCACCCAAACCCAAGGAAGAGAAGAAAGAGAGACAGGAGGAGAAACCUGAAAAAGAUGGAGCAAGUAUAGCAAUAGAAGCCCGCGAACUAACACAACUGGCUCUAAAGUCUGCUUUGAAUGUUCCUCAUCAACAGCGACUCCUGGCUGUACUGGACCAGAACCCCGACCUCGUGUAUGAGAUCGGCCUGACGCCCUACCAGUUGCCAGAAUUAGUGGAGAAUAACCCGAUGAUAGCAAUAUCUGUGCUGCUGAAGUUGAUUCACUCGCAGCAAAUCACGGAGUACUUCUCCGUGCUCGUCAACAUGGAGAUGUCGCUGCACUCAAUGGAGGUUGUUAACAGGCUAACAACCUCUGUGGAUUUGCCGGUUGAAUUUGUGCAUCUGUACAUCAGUAAUUGUAUAUCAACGUGCGAGACCAUCCGCGACCGAUACAUGCAGAACCGGCUCGUUCGGCUCGUGUGCGUCUUCCUACAGUCGCUCAUCAGGAACAAGAUCAUCAACGUGAAGGAAUUGUUCAUAGAAGUGGAAGCAUUCUGUGUGGAAUUCAGUCGUAUCAGAGAAGCAGCCGCCCUCUUCCGACUACUAAAGCAACUAGACUCAGGAGACGCACAGAAGGAAAAGGAAUAAUAUUGUAUAUAGCCAGUAAAUAUUAUAAGUUAUAGAAACAAAAGAUUUAAAUUAAUCUUAAAAUGGGACAAACUGUACUCAAAUGGAGUAUUGUAAAGUACUGGUUGAUGUAUGAAUAAUGUAUGUACUAUCCGAAUUCUAUCUUGUACUGUUUUAUAACGACUUAUGAAUAGACUAAAGUAAGCCACCUUGGUAUGUUCGUCAGCUUACUUUUACCCACUAUAAUAGUACUUUAUAUUACAUCUACAAGGAAAAAAAAAGAAGUCAUUAUAAUUUGACGAAUAAAUAAGGAAUAUCAUUUUUACAAAGUCUGGAAUAAGCUAAAGGCCGAAAACGGUCAUGUGAUUCCUCUGGUGUUGCAAGAGAAUGUGGGCGGUGGUGAUCACUUAACACCCGUGACCCGUACCUUCGUUUGCCCUCCUUUUCCAUAAAAAAAACUAGUUUUUUUGACAUGAUUUUUAUAAUGUUUGAAUGUAAAUAUUUCAACAAAAUAUUCAAUAACAUUUUUUUUUAUCAAACUAAUAAAGAACGCGUUAGAAAUGUAUUAGAAGAUUUAGUUACAAAUUUUCCAGUAGAUAUAUGUAGCAUUUUCGGCCCAGUUGUCAUAUCCAUUAGUAAAAAGGCACUUUCCAUGAAGAUGUAGUAUAAAAUU